AUGUCUCCCUCGUCUUCCGUUUCCCUCUGUCUUCCCUCGGCCGGCGGCCUCGCGGCUCGCUGCUCAACACACUCGCCGUUCGCGGUGCUGGGGGCCAGCGCGUCGCUCAACCUCCACCCCGCAGUUCCGGACUACGUCCUCUCAGCGAUCCGAGACCGCAUGGUGCUUGAGUAUAACCAGCUGCUGCCGCUUGAGCUGGUGAUGCCCGUCUGCGAUUCGCUCUCUGGUCCCUUUUGUCCGCAUCUGGCGGCGCCCCGCGUCACGCCGGUCAACCCCGCCUCUCCUAUGAAUGCCACUGAGGCGCUGCAGUUUGUCGCGGCGCCCUUGACCUCGCCACCCGGUGCGGCGUUUCCGCAGAACCCCGAUUUUUACUACGCUUACGUCCAUCGCGUGCCAGUCACUCCCUCGGCGUCUGACUCAGCAGCUCUCCACGAACCACCGGCGUCUAGCUCCCCGCACGCGCUAGCUGACCGCAGCUCCGUGGCGGCGGAAUCACCUGCCGUCGACGCCUCUCCUCUCUCUCCCUCUUCGUUCCUCUCUUCUCUUUCUCUCUCGUUCGUGUCGUCGCUGUGGUAUUUCCUCUCGUCUGCAGACUCGCAGGACGCGCCUUCGCUGUUCGCCGCAUCCUCGGGAGCGCAGCUCGCCUCGCAAGCGCCUCCCGCGUCCUCUCUGUACUCCGCGCCGGCGGCCUUAGUCGACUGGCGUUUUUCCUUCAUCUCUCGCGACCGCCCAGGGCUCUGCUGUCGCGCUCAGCGCCACCAUCCUGAGCGGCCUUUCGCGCCGCGCGGCGAGUUUCUCGAGAACGGCAUCGGCGACGUGUCGGCUUCCGUGGGAGUCUCUGAGGCUCUCUCUUCGGCGAUCGGCCAGAUCGGCUUGGGGCGUAAGGCCCUCGACGACAUCUGGAAACCGACCCCUCUGGGUCUCACCCCGCCGGGCGCCGCGCCCCCCGCGUCGUCUCGAAGUCCGCUUUCCUCCCUGCCUCUCUUCUCGCGCGCUGUGCCGCCUGCCGCCUCGUCUGCAGUGGCCGCUGCGGCCCCCAGCGAGCAGCGGUUUGUGUGCUUCGUGAACAAGGCGCGGCGGGCUGUCGACCGCAGCGCAUGCGCGUUUGCCGCCGAGUUCUCCGCGCUGCCGCCGACGCUCCGACCCAGCCAGGAGUCCUUCGCCCGCGGCUGGAUCGCCACGAGUCACCUGCUGACUUUCGAAAAGUCCAGCGCGCCCUUUGCCCGCCCUUCGCUCGAGCCCAACUACGCGGCGGGGCUCCCCACCGACGCGGAGACCCACUGGAGCGGCUACUGGGAGGUCGCGCCAGUCAGCUAUGAAGAAGAAUACCCGAGAGACGGCGGCCGCGGGCCAGGAGCGUCUUUUUCACAUCGUCCGCAAGGCACGUCGGGCUCUCCAGCAAGUCUGCCGCGUUCGCCUGCCCGGUUUUACGGGAAAGGCGAGUCUCUUUUUUUCCAGGGCGAAGGGUCGUCGCCGCCACAGCGUCCUUCGGGCUCCGCGGGCCUUCCGCUGCCUGUGCGGCUCCAGCCGCCGGUGGCGCUGCGGUCGCUCGCGGUGCUGUCCUCCGUGGAGGGCAGCGUGGAGCACGGUACCUCCUUCGUGGCGUCAGCGAUUUGGGUUAGGGUCGUGCGCAACCCCCUCGCCUCGGCGUCGCUGCAGCGACUCCUGCCGCGCGUGGUGUUCGUCGUCUCGGGUUUCCACGACGACAAAGAGGUCUUUUCCGCGCAAAUCCCCGUCGCGGCCCUCGCGGAGAGCACAGAUCUUCAGCUGCCGUUGCCGCCGACACGCGCCGCGCCGCUGCAAGACCCGGAGUACGCUUUCGUGAACCUCCUGGACUACGUGCCCUCGACGGCGACACCGUGGUCGCGCGUGGAGUCGCUCAAGUUCCGCUACGCGCUGCGCCCGCCGGCUGCUCCUCUGCAUGCAGCCAGCGCGUCGCCCGCAGGCGACGCGCUGGCUGGGGCGCGGAAGGCGCGCGCCUCGGGCGCGGCGCUGGCGCGGAUCCACGCUGCAGGCGGCCCAGGAGGCGCGACGAGCGCUCUGGAGCCGCUGAUGGGCGCCACGCUUGCGGGCCUCGCCUACAAAGUCGGCUUGGGCGGCAUGCUGUUACACGUGGCACAACGCAGCAACGGCGUACGCACCGUUUACUACGUUGAUCGCCGCAGCGACGAGGGCGUGGCGUUGUUGAAGUUUUUCGAGGAGAAGGGCACGCUCGCGCCCGCAGGCGAGACGGCGCCAGGGAAGGCGGAGGACGCGAGGACGCUGGACGCGACGGAGGCGGCGAUCGCCAGCCGCAAAAAGAGACGAGACGAAGCAGCCGCGGAGCGUGUGGGCGAUGCGGGCGCAAACCUGGACAUCCUUUCGCUUCUGUUUCCGCAAGACAGUGAGGGGCGGCGAAGCGAGCGAGCGAGAGAGACAGGCCGCAGGGCCUCUGAGGCAGCUGGUGGCGCGGUGGAGGACUCCGAGAGCGGAGAGGCGCCCCCUUCCUCUCUGCGGCCGAGCGUGGGGAGCGCCAACACGGAAGGCGAUGACGCGUCGACGUCGUCUGAGGAGGGCUCCGACGAAGACGCAUUGGACGCCAGCGAACCGUUGACGCGCGAGAAAGUGAAGCGCGCCAUUCGCAGCGUCGUGCUGACUUCUCUGCGGGCUGCACUCGACGAGAAGACAUACACGGCAGUCGCUGCGACGCUGCCGCCUGCGUCGGGCCCGCCAAAGCCUUUCCGCCAACUGCAGCCUCUGAAAACGCUCCUCGCGUCGCUGCCCGGCCGGUUCGCGAGCCCCGAGGAGCUCGAGGAGAGCGAGAACGGCACAUUCUACGCGGCGGUGCUGCGGACGCACGGGGACGGCACAGGCGAGUUCCUCUGGCAGCAAGCAGAAGACACCACCGCUGCGGCGACGGCGAUUGCUGACCGGGAGCGGGCACGGCGGAGUCAGGCGCGGCGCGCCGCGGAGGCGGAGACCCGCGAUGACGCGCAGGCAGGCGGCGACGCGCGCGAGACGCACGCGGCGGAGGCAGGCCGCGCCGACGGCGCCGGCUGGCGGGGCGCCACGGCGGGCGGCGGAGGCGGCGACAACGGGGCUGGCGCCGCUGUGGGCGGCGAUGCAGCGGAGAACGUGGCGCUCACGGGGGGUCUGGACGCGCAGUUCGGCACCACCGCGGGCAGCAACAGGCGACUGCCGCUCGCGAAAUACGACAGCCUCAACAACGCACUCGUCGACCUGCGCCUCCCGGCCAGAAGCGUCGGGCUCUACAUACAGGAGAUUCCCGUGGAGGCCCCGCUGUUUUCGUUCAACGAGGCUGCCGCGAUGAAGCUUAUCUUGUGGCGAAGAGUCGGUUUCGAUACAGAGGGAAAAUACCGCGACACGACAACUCCCGCGCGGUCUGGCAACGUGCUGGCUGACGUGAAGACCGUGAUGUCGCAGGUUCUCGAGUCUCUCGGCGGCCGGCCCAAGACCACGCCGGCUCGCGGAGGCUCCGCAGCGCCGUCUGCCUUGAAGAAGGCGAAGGGCGCGGGGCGCGGUGCGGAGGCCGCCCCGAAGCCUGAUCCCUCUCUCAGGAAUGUGCUGGAGUCGUUUUUUUCGCUUCUUUCCACGCUGAAGAACUCGGAAGAUCCGCCACCGCCGAAAACCGCGCCGCAACUGCCGGCGGCCCCUGUCUCAGAGACUUCCACGCCGCUGCCCGCCGCGCCGCCCAAGACGGCAGAACCCGCGAGCCGCCAAGCUGCGACCGCCGUCGGGGACGCGACCCCCAGGCCUUCGUCUUCGGAUCCCCCGUCGCCUUCAUCCUCGCCUCCUUCCUCUCAAAAGGCAACACAGAUUCAGAGUGGCGCGGCCUCUGCGGCCGGGCCUCCAGGCUCCGCUGGCCAUGGCAAAGCGCCCAGCGCUGCGCGGGCGCCGCCGCGAGCCGCGAGUGCAGCCGCACGACCUGCUGAGGAAGCGAACGCCAUUUUCAGGGAGCUUCGGAAGGCGCUUGAGCUGCUGGGCGACCCGCAGACCGCCAGCGAAACAGGGACAGGCGCGGAGCCGAUGCGUCAAGCGCCUGCGAACAGGGGGCGUGAGGGGCCCGCCGCCCCAGAGAGUCGCGCGCGAGACGCCGCCGCAGCGGGCAGCCCGCCGACCUCUCGGUCGUUCUCGCUAACAGACUUCAUAAAUAAAAAAUCCGACGCGAAAUCUGGCGAAGAAGAGGAACGCAAAGCAGCUAGCGAAGAGACGAAACCGAACGAUUCGCCCGCGGCUGAGGAAGAAAAGAAGCCCAAGGGCGGAGAUACUUCCCACGGUGUUGCGGACGCUUCUGCGCCUAUGGGCUUCUUCAUCGACCCCGACGGGCAAGUGACGCCCCUCGGCGUCGGGCGCGAGGCCGGCGCAGGGCCUCUGCCAGGGGUCCCGGGCUUAGAGCAAGUUCAGGAGUUGUUUCAGUCGGUGCUUCGCGACGUGAGUAUCCCCGAGAUGACAGUGAACAUGGCGAAUCAGCUGUCAGGGGCGCAGAUGGGCCCGGAGAACUUGACUCUCGGGCGCGUGGCGCAGGCGUUCGCUUCGCAGAUCGAGAGCCGCGAGGACGUGUCAGAGCCGACGGCGCAGCUGGGCAAGUUCGCGUCGGCCCUCGCCUCGCUCCUGGAGACGCCAGCGAACUCCACGGGUGCAAGCGCGCAGUCUUCCACCUCCGCGCCGCGCACCGCCCCGGGGGGGGGCAUGCCGUCGCCGGUGGCGCCGCCCGCCGAUAUGGAGAAGAGCCUCGCCGCGCUGAAUCGCGUGGCGCAGGAGCUCGCGGCGCAGUUUGUGAUCGCGACGAACGCGACGCGCGCCUUCUCGGCUGGCGGGGGCGGGAAAGAGGAGGCGCCGCGCGCGAAAGGUGGAAACGCGAAAGAGGCCCCCGCCGAGGGCGGCGUUCCGCGUCCGCCGGCCCCAGAAGUCUCUUUCGCCUUUGCAGUCCCCGUCGCACCCUUCCCGGGCGCCGCCGACGGCGCAGCGCCCGGCGUGGAGCAGCUGCAAGCUGCUUUCGAGCAAUUCGUCCAUAACGGUAGCGGCGUGCCCUUCCCUCUCGCGGACCUGUUCACCCCGCCCGGGGGCCCGCCGCCCCCGGGGGGCGCUGGCCAGGCCGCCGGCGGCGCUGCGGGAUGGGACAAUGUCUUCCCGGGCGCUGCCGAUCUGAGCGGCCUCGCGCAGAGCGUGUUUGGCGGCGCUGCGGAAGUGCCUGGCGGCUUGCCUGGUUUCGCCAAUGUCGUGGCGGGCGGUGUGGAGACGCUGGAUCUGCGCGACCUGCUGGGGCAGCUGAGUCAGGGCCUCGGGGGGAAGCUCGCGCGAGAGGACGGGUCCCCGGGCAGCAACAGCAAGGCGCAUCCCAAGUACCGGCAGCAGAAGCACAAGAAAAAGCAGAAAACGCCGCAAGAAGACCGCGAACAGAACGGGGACGAAACCUAA